AUGUCUGACGUUUCCGGCCUUGGCCGAAAGGCGGCGCGUACCGCAGGCCUCAUCUGGCCGCUGCCUCAGAGCCACAAGGUCGGAUCCGGCGUGCUCUUCCUGGACGCGGGCAGCUUUUAUCUCACAUUCUCAGCGUCAGUGUCGUCAACGUCGACGGACCCUUCGUCGACGGACCCUUCGCCGACUUCGGUGACAGCGACAGCAACACCACGGCCAGGCGCACACUCGCCCUGUCCGCUGGUCGAGCGAGCGAUGCGGCGCUAUCGCGAACGCUGGCUGUUCGGCGACUGCGCCCCCCGGCACUCGAGCGAGGCCGACGUCGCAAGAGCUCGGGCUCAGGCGAAGCUGCGCUGGGAUCGGAGCAGGCACGGCGACGACGCAUCUCUCUGGGGCACGCUCAUGCAGGCACUGAUCGUCAACCUCAGGGGCCCUUGCGAAGACAGCCCACACGAAAACAUGGAUGAAAGCUACCACCUAGUACUCUCAUGUUCGCAACCGUCGGUACUGACCUCCCGCUCUGCAUGGGGCCUUAUGCGCGGCCUGGAGUCCUUCAGUCAACUCGUGCGCCGGUACAACGCCACACAUUUCUGGGUCAAUGAAAGCGAGGUGGUGGACGCUCCCAGAUUCUCGCACCGUGGUCUACUCCUGAACACCGGCAGCCAUUUUCUUCCCGUCGCUACCAUCGUCGAAGCGCUGGACGCCAUGGCAUCUAACAAGAUGAACGUGCUUCACUGGCGGAUCGUGGAUGAAUAUUCUUUUCCUUUCGUCAGCCAAGCGUUCCCGGACCUCAGCUUGAAGGGGGCGUACAACCCGGAGACACUGGUGUACCAGCCUUCGGACGUUGACCGGGUCAUCAACGAGGCCAGGGACCGAGGGAUCCGGAUAGUGCCCGAGCUGGGCAACCCCGGUCGCACGAAGUCGUGGGGCAGGGCGUUCCCUCACCUGCUGGCCAAAUGUGAGGAGGAAGAAAGCAGUGGAAGCGUGGGCUCGCUCAACCCGACACAGAAUGCCACGUUCGAGUUCCUGGAUAGGCUUUUGGCAGAAGUGGCACGCCUGUUCCCCGAUGACUACCUGCACCUGGGCGGGGACGAGCUAGGCCUCGACUGCUGGUAUGCUUGCGAAGGAACAGCCAAGCAAAAGGCCCUGGUCGUCGGAGGCGAAGUUGGCGUCUGGGAUGACAGCGUUGAUCGCACUAACCUGAUAGCCAGUACUUGGCCUGCGGCAUCACUGGCGGCGGAGAGACUUUGGAGCCCAAAGGAUCUGACAGACCUGAACACCGCCAUGACCAGACUUCAGGAGCAUCGUUGUCGGAUGCUCAGGCGAGGCCUCGAAGUGCAGCCGCUGACGGGACCGGGGUUUUGCGAAUGUGACCACGUGGCAUAGACAGUAUUCCCGUGCCACGGUCCUUCGCUGUGCUCACUUAAUGUGCAAUAGUGUUUC